AUGAACAAUAGUUCUUUAUGCAUUUUAUGUUUUUAAGCAUCUAAUAUAAAGAAUACAGAUCUUCCUGUUUGUUAAUCAUGUUUAAAUUAAUAAGCAUAAAAUUUAGAACAUUUUGAAGAUGAAAUUGAUAAAAUACAUUAAUAAGUAAAAUGAUAUAAUUAUAUAAGGAUUAAAUAAAAUAAGAUGAAUCUUCAUCAAUUAGUGAAAUAGUACCAAAUAAAUUAUAUUUAGGGAAUUAUAUUGCUGCAAAAAAUAAAAAGUUAUUAUAAAAAUAUAAAAUAACUGAUAUUCUUAUAUGUGGAGAUUUUCUUAAAUAGAAAUUCCCUUAAGAUUUUAAAUAUCAUUAAAUUAUGAUAUAAGAUUCAUUAAAUCAAUCUAUUAUUGAAUAUCUUGAUGAAACAUUUAAUUUUAUUGAUUAAGCAUAAAAUGUAUUUGUUCAUUGUGCAGCUGGAAUUAAUAGAUCUCCAGCAAUUGUAUGUGCUUAUUUAAUGAAAAAAAAUAAAUGGAAUUAUGAUAAAGCUUUUGAAUUUGUUAAAGAAAGAAGAUCUAUUAUUAAUAAAUAAACGAAUUUUGCAAAUCAAUUAAAUUUAUAUUAAUAUUGA